CGCUUGCGCGCCCCAUUCCUCUGUCCCCGACUCGAAUAAUUAUGCUUCAGACGCCGCUUCACUUGUUUCCCCGGAACCCAAGCCGGAUCGUUGGUCUCCUCGUCGUCGGAGAAGGAGCAGCUUUCGGCAGGCUCGUGCGCUUUCAACGACGUUGGCGGCGGCGAACGCGCGCAGCUUUUACCCCUGCCCUUGCUUUUGCUCUCGGUUUUCUCGUGUUUUGCCCUCGUUCGCAGAUCCGCUAUGCUGGCUAUAAUCUCGUUGUGUUUCUCGAGUCGAUGGUGUACGGAUGUCAAGGGGCGUAACAUGCGAUUUGCCCAUUUCGCGGUCGGUCGGAUGUCGCCCAUGUUACGCCAAUCGCCAAUCGCCAAUUGUGCGGACUAUUCUGCCAAUUCUUUGUCUGGCUUAUCGGUAAUCCAUUCUAUCCUAUCACUGUAUUGUCGGUAUCCACUCCGAAAAGGAAAAAAACAAAACAAAAAGGGUCCAGCUCCAAUGUGAAACCCAAAAACUGUGCUGUUAAUAUGCACUCUAUCAAAAGCGAAUAAGUAUGCUGUCUCUGGCGAUAUCAAGCCAUAAGAUGCAGGUCGGUCUCCAAAAGCACUGGCGUUGUUGUUGUGAUCGACGUAAACAUGCGACCGGGGCCGAGAGGAAAAGC